GUCACCUGACAAACAAAAAGAGUACUGCUACUUCUGCACAGCAUUUAUAUACAUGAGCCCCUCGUGGCGUUGUAUUACUAUUUUGCAACUCGUUCGUUUAUUUCAGUCGGCUGCUACCUGCAGCUAAGUCGCUGUGUUAAACGGGUUAAACGGGUUUCCUCAUGGCCAGUUCAAUUCCCGGGGUUGCGGAGCUGGUAGCGGGUGCCCGACGGCUGUACGGGCAGGUGUUCGGGGAGGAGGGUCCUCAGGUGGCGGUGUGUGCUCCAGGAAGAGUGAACCUGAUAGGAGAGCACACUGACUACAACCAGGGAUUCGUUCUGCCAAUGGCGCUGCCCAUGGUGACUGUGGUGGUAGGGAGAGAGACCUCUGGGCAGGAUGUUACCGUGGUGACGGCUACAGAGGAUGCUGACGAGCCUCACAGGGUUGACUUCAGCCUGCCCAGUGAUGGAUCACCACUGUCCCCAGGAGAACCCAGCUGGGCAAACUAUGUGAAAGGUGUUAUACAGCAUUACAGAGCUCCUGUCCCGGGGUUCAGGGCUGUGAUAGCCAGCAGUGUCCCCCUGGGUGGAGGACUGUCCAGCUCUGCAUCUCUGGAGGUGGCCUUCUACACCUUCCUGCAGCAGCUCAAGCCAGAUGAUGGAGACAAGAUAUCCAAAGCAGUUGCCUGUCAGCAGGCUGAACAUACUCAUGCUGGUGUACCAUGUGGUAUAAUGGAUCAGUUUGUGUCUGUUCUCGGCAGGGAGGGGCAUGCUUUGCUGAUUGACUGCAGGUCCCUGGAGGCUACCCCUGUGCCACUAGCAGAUCCAAGCCUGGUCAUCCUCAUCACCAACUCCAACGUCAAGCACUCUCUGACUGGCAGUGAGUACCCCACAAGACGCAGACAGUGUGAGGAGGCUGCCUCCAUCCUGGGGAAGGACAGCCUCAGGGAUGCUACCAUGAAGGACCUGGAUGAGGCAAGGGGACGGCUGGAUGACGUCACCUAUCGAAGAGCUCGCCAUGUCAUUGAGGAGAUAGAAAGAACGAUCCAAGCCGCUGAAGCCCUUAAGAGAGGAGGGUACAAAGAGUUUGGCAGGCUUAUGGUGGAGAGCCACAACUCUUUGAGAGAUCUGUAUGAGGUGAGCUGCAGGGAGUUGGAUGAGCUGGUGUCUGCAGCCAUGGAGGUGGAAGGGGUGUUUGGCAGCCGGAUGACAGGCGGAGGAUUCGGCGGAUGCACUGUCACUUUGCUGCAGGCCCACGCCAUUGACAGGACCAUUCUCCACAUACAGGAGCGAUACAGUGGAACACCUUCUUUCUAUGUUACAACCCCUUCAGAUGGAGCACGAGCUCUCACUCUGUCCUAACCUAUGUCAACAUUUGUCCUGUAGAAGAAAAGCAGAUUCCUUUCUCCUCACUGGAUUUAUGAUUUUUUAUUUUUGGUUUUAUUUUAAAAUGCUGAAAUAAUGUGCUUCAAUAAAAGCCUGUGCUGUUUGAUUUAAAAACAUUUUAUUAAUUAAAAGGAAAGUGCCUUUACAAUGAAACUAAUUUUCAUCAGAAAAUUUUUGCCAACUAUAUAUUUUUGAUUUCCUUGUACAAUGAAAAUACAGGACAGUUACAUUUCAUACUUAUUCAUGUGAAAUAAACUAUGUUUCAAAAAUG